AGAGCCACCCCACUAGGACUCACAUCGGACAAAUAUCUAUGGAUUGGUACCCAGUCGGUCCGCAGUACUCAAACUUCUGUCACCGGCCAUGUUCAGCCAGGCAUGUUGUCCGUGAACUUCCAUACAGUGUCCAAUGCGAUGUUUGCUCCACGUGACGAUGUCCUACCACUGAUCAUCCAAUUAGCACCGAAGCUAUUCGGAGCUGCGCUUCUUCUUUUACCACCGAAUCAGUCGAUAUCGCUUCAAUCAACGGCUUCUUGCAGAGAUGAGGAUGGACCACCCAGUUGGGACGAUGGCGAGAGAAUUUACGAGUUAAUGAAGAUGGCGUUUGUGAAGGGCAAUCCGUUCCACGUCGAUGACGGUCACGACUCUUUCUUCUACACCUUCAACGAAUAUGGAAAACUGAAAAAUUCUAUGCUGCAGAUAUCAAAUCUACACGGAAAAUAUUCAAAAGAGGGCGUGGGAAUAUUCACCAACAACGAACUUCGAAUGGCCGAUGUGGAAUGGCCGGGCGACAAAGCGAAUCCACCGCAAGGAACAGCCGACAAAUUUCAUGUCAAGGUUGUUACCCUUCACGAACCGCCCUUCAUCAUAGUCUCUGAUGUUGACCCGGAUACAGGGCGCUGUCCAGGGAAUCAAGGCAGUAUCUGCGACUGGGGCGAUGAAGAGAUCGAUGUUCCCGGAGAAGGAAAGAAGAACCGAACUCUGUGGAAAUGCUGCUCUGGGUAUUGCGUCGAUUUGCUCAACAAGUUGGCCAACGACAUCGGCUUCACCUAUACUCUAUACAAAGUGCGAGAUGAAAAAUGGGGUCUAAAAACGGAAAGUGGCUGGAACGGUCUCAUCGCUGAUUUGAUCAACAACAAGGCGGAUAUGUGCGUUACAUCUCUGAAGCUGAAUUCAGAACGUGCACGGGACAUCGACUUCUCCUUACCAUUUCUCGAAACGGGCAUUGCCAUCAUUGUGAAAAUCAGAAGCGGAGUGCUCUCACCAACAGCAUUUCUCGAACCCUUCGAAUACUCGACAUGGGUGAUCAUAUUACUGGUCUCGAUUCAAGGAGCUGCCCUUUCCAUCUUUAUUUUUGAAUGGGUCAGCCCGUACUCAUUCAACAUGAGCAAGUAUCCGCCUCCAGAUCACAAGUUCUCUCUUUGUCGAUCGUACUGGCUAGUUUGGGCAACCCUUUUCAGUGCCAGUGUGUCCACAGGUUCGUUAUCUCUAUGGCUUUAUUGA